AAAAUGAACAAGAUUGGCUCCAAACAUGUUUUGGCUUCCAAAAACUCAGGUUUCUAAGGCUUUCAAGUCUGGGAGGAUUGAAUAGGUUGAUAAUAGACAAAGGUGCCUUGCCUUUUCUUGAAAAGUUUCAAAUUGGACCCUCUCCACAUCUGAAGGAGGUACCCAUUGGCAUUCACCAUCUACAAAGCCUCAAAACUCUAGAUUUUCUUGAUAUGUCGAGGGAAUUUGUGCCUAGAAUGCAACCAGAUGAAGGCUUUGAUUUUUGGAAAGUCAAGCAUGUUCCCUUUGUCCGAUUUUGGUAUAGGAUUCAAGGGGAAAACUACAAAACCAUCAAGCCUGGUGAUCCAAAGUUGUUGGAACUUUUCCAAAGGUAAUUUAAGAGUUGAGAACCAAAACGUCCUCACCUCAUGCAAGAAAUUAUAGGUAGCCCUCAAGCUUUACCUGCUGCGAAUCAUAGUUUGCUUAAACCGUCAAUAUCAACAUCUCAAAGGAUUUUCAGGCACCAAUCAGACAAGAUACAUGCUCAUUAGUCAAUCAACCAGGACAUCGGAGGCUGAUUCUUCAGAAAUGGUCUUAUGUUUGAAGCACCUGGUUAAGUAUUGGCACUAUGUUUAAUUCAUCUUUCAUCCUCUUAUUUGGUUGUAAAGGAAUUCAGGUCAGCAGAGGAGAAUAUAACAUAAUUGAAGUUUGGUAAUUUCAACUUCCCUGAGAAGGGAGAGAAUUUGUUGGCAAUGAUAGACUUCACUCCACAGCAAUUGUACUCUGUUGGAAAAUCAAUGGAAGAGGUUUUUUGGCUUCCAAUUGAUCCAAAAUUAUUCAAUAUUGCUUCUGAACUUCAGGAUGUAAAGCUAAAACAAUGUGUCAGUGAGACAUAUUGUCUACCUGAAACACCAAAGGUUGUAUAUGGAUUGAGAGGUUCUACUGCAGAUAUAUACCUUGACAAUGCAGCUUAUAGAGAAUUUCUCUUCAAAGCAUUUAAUGUCUCAACUGUUGAUGAAGAGAGCGCUGCAAUUGUAAUGACAUCUCUAUCAAAUGGAGUGCCUUGUAUUGUGUUUCGUGGUGUAUCAGAUUAUGCAGGCGGAGAGGGAUUACUGUCAUCAACGAGACUUACUUAUUUGGCUGCUGUGAAUGCUCUCAGUGUUGCUGUUGAGUUUAUUGGAUUAUUUGGCGAGGAAGCUCCACGACCACUGAAAGUGGACCAUUUGAGGCUAGAGAAAAAUUGCUAAAUAUGUAAACAAAUUAUUUUAUUUUG